AAUUUGUGAGGAGAAUAAAGAAUUCCUUUCACAUUGUGUGUGAGAGAAAGGUGCGCGCAGUGUCUCUAUAUUGUAUGUACGUCUUUUAUGUUUGUAUUGUAUAUAUUCAAGAUAGCAACAAAUUAUUCAACAACCACCAUGUAGAGGCUGCCAAAAGAAAUUACUGAUUUUAUUAUUUGUGUGAAGAAAAAGGAGAGAAAUAAUAUUAGCAUAAAAACACAGGAAGUUCAUGGUUGUGAUUGUUUGAAGAUUUGUGUGAUUUUAGAGUUAAUUAAUUGUGUUUAAGAUCGAUCGAUAUGGCAACAACUUCAUCGUCGACGUCGUUUUUCGAGGCAAGAUCAGAAGAGGAGCAACAACAUGUUCCUUCUUCAUCAAUACCAGCUACUACAUCUUCAUCAGCUUCUCAGCAAAAGAAGAAAAGAAGCCUUCCAGGAACUCCAAAUCCAGAUGCGGAGGUGAUAGCAUUGUCACCAAAGACGCUAAUGGCGACAAAUCGAUUCAUAUGUGAAGUAUGUAACAAAGGGUUUCAAAGAGAACAAAAUCUACAACUUCAUAGAAGAGGACACAAUCUUCCAUGGAAGCUUAAGCAAAAGACUAAUAAAGAAGUAAAGAGAAAAGUAUAUCUAUGUCCCGAGCCAUCAUGCGUCCACCAUGACCCUUCUCGCGCACUAGGAGACCUUACCGGAAUCAAGAAACACUUUUCUAGAAAACACGGUGAGAAGAAAUACAAGUGCGAGAAAUGUUCAAAGAAAUACGCGGUCCAAUCUGACUGGAAAGCUCACUCUAAAACGUGUGGUACCCGCGAAUAUCGAUGUGAUUGUGGCACCCUCUUCUCAAGGCGUGAUAGUUUUAUCACACACCGUGCUUUUUGCGAUGCGCUAGCUCAAGAAAGUGCAAGAAAUCCGUCGUCCCUUGGUGCAAUCGGUAGCCAUCUUUUUGGGAAUCAUCCUAGUAAUUCGAUGAAUUUAGGUCUUGGAUCACAAAUACCGCAUUUACAUCAAUCUUCUACUAGCAACAUGUUAAGUCUAGGAAAUACGAAUUUCCAACAAAGCAUGCUCCCGCCUAGUCAAACGCCUCUAUUUUCACAUCCUCAAGAUCAACAACAAAUGUCGAGCUCCUCGUUGCCUUUUUUUACAUCCGAUCCUAGCCAAGGAUUGAAUCAAGUGUUGAACUUUGGUCAACAAAGCCAACAAUUAGGGUUAAUGGCAAACAAGCCAAAUAUUCAAGGAUUGAUGCAACUUCCGGACCUUCAUAGCGAUACUAGCAAUAUUUCUCCUAAUAUAUUCAACUUAGGAUUCUACUCGGGCAAUAGUAACGGCGCCACCAAUGGUUUGAAAAACAAUGACAACGAUAACCAAAACAAUGAAACAAAUAUGUCAUCAUCUUCUGGUUUUAUGAUUCCUGAUGAUCAUCAGUUUAACGCCGGAGGUGGCUCAAAUGAUCAUAUUUACUUCAAUUCACCACAAGAAAGCCAAAUGCAAUCCCAUAUGUCUGCUACCGCCUUGUUACAAAAGGCCGCGCAAAUGGGUUCAACGACAAGUAACAACAAUGCCACCACACUGUUAAAAAGUUUUGCUAGCUCUUCGACGAGUAGUAUUGGUGGGGGUGAGAAAUCACAGACUGGCAGCCAACCAUUAUCAGUCAACUUUGAUGGUAGAGGAGACCAGACUGGCAACCCGAUUCACGGACUAAUGAACUCUCUUAGAAGUGGUGGAGCCUCAAUGUUUGGUGGCUAUGCUGGAGACCAAAACGGAAACAUGAAUUUUGGAAAUAUUAAUGAGGCAGGAAAGUUCAAUAAUAAUCAGAAUUUCUCUUUAGGUUUAGGAAACUCAAAAAGAACAACUCUAGAUUUUCUAGGAGUCGGCUACUCGCCAAAACAACAUCAUCCUCAACCUCACCCUGGUCAUAUCAACGUAAACUCGUUGGACCCAAGGGUAGAUUCGUCAUCUCAAGCUAGUCAUGAACUUGGUGGAUCCUCCAAUUUACAGGGAACCUGAUUAUUUUGGUACAGUUUCAUUUCAUAAUCAAAAUCAUACAAGUUUUUAAUCAUGCUUCAAUUCUCCACCAGAAAAUUGAACUAGCUUAUAGCUAGGAAACUUGUGAUACCUUGAUUACUUAUCAUGUUUUAUCGAUCAACCACGGUUCUAUGACAAAACACGGCAAAUCAAAUGUACGUUUCCGUGAUCGCUUUUUGUUUAGAAAGAAAAAGCUCGACUACUCAAAAUGGAUGUAAACAAAGGUGAAUUUUUAAUUAUUUACUAUUUCAUUAGUCACAA